AUGCAUUGCCCCAGCUUGCAGGUUGUACCGUACGUGGGCGACACGGGCCUCUAUCCGCUCAUUGUGCUGAUGGAAGCGACUGCGGCCGCCACGGCUAUCCCAGCCACAGUGUGGCUGGACCUCUUUCAUUCAUUCUUCCACUGCUUGCUGAACAAGGAGGCUUUCGUGCAACUCACGCGGCGGUACAAGACUCGGAGUCGGCGCUGGCUCGUGGGCACAGCCAAUGUGGCCGAGGGUAAAUCUCCCGCCCUGGCGCCGGUGGUGGACGCAGUGGAGCGUGCCUUGCGAGCUAACUCCGCCUUGGCGGUGGGCACGGCAGCGGACGAGUUCCAUUUGCAGCAAGGUAGUACCAGUGCUGCAGCCCGGAACAAGCUUCGCGCCAACGACGGCUACCUCGCCGUGUACUCCGACGAGGCAGGCGGCUGCCUGUGUCCAGCCUUUGCUACUGGAGGCACUACAGAUGUCAGCAAGUACAUCGACGUCCAAAUGUUUCUAACGGCAGCCCAUGGCGGAGGGUUUUCCUUUGGGACCAUGCAUGACCGCCGCGACGCGGCCAAAGCCAAGGCCACGCCGCCCCAUCCGAAAGGGCCCGUGCAGGAAGAGCCGGGGCUCAACAUCGACCCCACGAACAUUCAUCUGAUAUUCCUGCAGCAGGAACUCUUCCUAGCUACAUGGUGGGCCCAGGUCGCAGCCACCAAACCUAUUGGCCUCGUCCAGCGCUGCCUCUUCGGUUUUGCUGCUCGCCUUGGAUCUGCCGCAGCCACACAUCAGGGCUUCCUGGACGAUGUGACCGUGCCCAUUAUUGAGAGCCUCUUCACCGCAGUGCUGCGCCGACUGGGCCCGCGGAUCACCGGUGUGGGACCUCCGGAGUGCCGCUGUACCCCCGAACAGCAGGAGGUCAUACAUGAGAUCGAGGAGAUCGGUAAGUUGUUCGCUCGCAAGGAUCCGGCUUUCUGGUGCAUGCCCUUUCUGUUGUUGUUUUUUUUCUAUGUUUGUUUCCUCCUAGGAGAGUGGAAGGAGCACUUUACGGUUUCACUUGUUCCUCCGUGCGCGCUUGUGUGUCUCGCUGCUUCGCAGGAGUCUGUGCAAGUUAGCCUGCGGGAGGCCAUGCCCAAGGCUCUUUAUUGGCUAGGCACGGCUGUCUUGGGGACACACCUCCUGGAGCAUCUAUGGCCCCAUGCACUCGCAGGCCACGUACCCGACAUCAUCCCAGCGGAUGUGUCGGACGGCUGUCUCGUAGCAGCCCUCAACUUUGUGCAUCGUCGUUACAUCUACGGGCAAGCGGUCGUGAGCACCGCCGCACACGAGCGCGUCUGGGCCGGCUUUCAGCAAGGUUUGCAGGAAGAGGAUCCGAUGGACAUGUUGCCGCUACUGCUGCGCAUUAUCCGCGGCUGUCCGGGAUCGAGCAUCCGUCUGCAAGACCUCUUCCGGUCGGACUUGGCCUUGAAGCGUGCCGUACACAAGGGCAGUCCCAAUGUGCAAGCGCUCGCUUGGCAGCGCAUCCACAGCAUCUGGCGACGUCUUGGUGACCUGCGCAUUGGCGAUCUGCAAGGCGAAGGAGAGGAGACGCACCUUCGCAAGUACCAUAUCCAGCACUUGACCCUGGAUUCCCGGAAAUGGCUGCGCACGCAUCGCGUGCCACUGACCUUGUUCGGCCAACGGGCCCAGGUGGAUCACCAGCACUUUCUCCCGGGUGUGUCUGCUACGGGGCGUCAGCCGCCGCCGUCCCAGCCACCUCCGCGUGCGUGCAAGCCACACAGUGCAGCCUCGGUUCCCGCGCAGCCGAGCCCGGCCAUGCAUGUUGCGGCUCCCGCUCCUGCUCCGGUCAGCGCUCCUGAGGUCCCCACAGCGUCUGCGAGCACGCGCUCGGAGGCUCCGGUACUGGCCGAACAGGCUGCGCCGGUCGUUGAGCGCAGCAGUCAGCCCCAGCCGCCAGUGCAGCGCCGACGGGACCUGCGGCCCAGCUUUCUACGUCAUGUGGACCUAGGAGAGGUCCUGCUCUCCCCGAAGGAACUGCUGGAGGCCGUGCAUGCCCGAGAGGAGUGGCAGCAUUUCAAGCACACAGUCAAGAAGACGACGGAUACUCAGCAGCGAGUGGUUUACGACGUUGUCUGCACUCAUAGGCGGGGGUGUCCCUUGCGCUGGCACGCCACAUACCACAAGCAGCGAUUGGGUGGACAUCCGGCGGGCACGCUCGUGAUCACUACAACAGGCGAGCACUCCCAUGAGACUCCGUCGGGAGAAGUGGAGACGCCAAACAACACGCGCUCCCUCUUCACGAAGGCCCAGCUGGCCGAGGCGCGUGUCUACAUGCAGAACACUGGUACUGGCAAGCGCUCAGCAACCGCGCUGCUUCAGCACCUGGUGGGCCAACGAUUUGAUGAGAAGGAACUUCCCAGCACCACGCAGCUCAGUGACUGGAUGCACAACGAGCGCAAGCGCAGCAAGACUCGCGCCGGUUCUGCUCUACCUCAAGGCGAUGCACGCGGCAGGGUCCAGCCUACCCAGCGUGCGCUGGAGGACUGGCCACAAGAGCUUCCCGAGGACGUCCCCGCGCUCUACCUCUUGCAGCCACAGAUUGUCUCUGCCAAGGAUGUCUUCGUGCCGUUCCGCUCCCGAGGCAUGCGCGACGUGCUCGUGCGCUACAGCUCCGAGGAGCGGGAAGUACAUCUAGGCGUGGACACAAAGAUGAAGGUUCUCGAACGAGGCCAUGGCGUGGCCACCCUGAACAUCCUCGUCAAGGACACGCUGCGCAACACCACUCUCACGCACGGCAACGGCAGCCGCGUGCAGGGGCGCGCGUAUACCACACGGGCGGUGCCCUUCUUGCAAGCUGUUCUAGGCGACGAAGGCACGGAGAACCACGUCCGCCUCCUCCGCCUGGCCUGUCAGCUCUGGGCCCAGGCUAAGCCAGAUAGACCUCCACUGCCACAGCUCGUGACGCAGUUGCACAAAGACUUCGCGCCUGGCAUCGAGGCUGCUCGGAAGGAGGCUUGCGCCCCUGAAGCCCUGUCCUGCGUUCGAGAUACACUUCUUCUAGCUCCUGCACACUGCGACGUUGUCUAG